AUUUCGAGUGACUGGGGGGCACGAGCUGGACAAGGGUUGCCGUGGCAACUGUAACCUAACGUAACGUCUGUUCAUUUAAAAACCCUACCGGUACUGCCGACGUCCCGUUGAGAGAGAAGAUGGAGCUUGAGACGACGGAGACUGCACGCUCGACACCGAGUCGCUACGAGAAAAGUUUGGGGCUCCUCACGAGGAAGUUUGUCAGUUUGCUACAAGAAGCGGAGGAUGGCGUCCUUGAUUUGAAAGUGGCUGCAGACAGUUUGGCAGUGAAACAGAAGAGGAGGAUAUAUGACAUCACCAACGUACUGGAAGGUGUGGGGCUGAUCGAGAAGAAAAACAAGAACAUAAUCCAGUGGAGGGGGGAAAACAAGGGAAGCCAAACCCAGGAGGCGCUGGAGCAGGUGAACGUUCUGAAGGCCCAUAUCUCUGAGCUAGAGGCUCAAGAGAAGGAGCUGGACAACCAGAAGGCAUGGCUGGAGGAGAACAUUAAACACCUCAACCAUGAUCCCAUCACUAGUAUUUAUACAUUUGUGACACAUGAAGACAUCUGCAAUGCCUUCAGUGGAGACACUCUUCUGGCUGUAGUGGCUCCUGCUGGGACUCAACUGGAGGUGCCACUACCUGAAAUGGGCCAGAGUGGUCAGAAGAAGUACCAGGUGAACCUACGCAGUCAGUCAGCUCCCAUCCAGGUCAUGCUCAUCAACAGGGAUUCAGACUCCACAAUACCUGUGGUGUUCCCUGUGCCGCCCACCGACGAUAUCUGUCCAAUGCCAACUCCACCCAGUACCCCCGCCAGCCUGCAGAGGUUCCCUCUCUCAACAUCUGUUUACUCCACUUCCAACACCACUUCCUCCUUCUGCAGCCAGGACUCUCUCUGCUCAGACCACCAGAUGGUGCUGCCAGAACAUGAUGACGUGCUGACGCCCUCGUCCACCCCUCCUGACAUACAGAUGGUGUGUCACACUCAGCCUGCGCCAGUGUUAGAGCAGCAGCAGAUGCACCUGGCGGGUCACGAGUUCCAGUCUGUGCUGGAUAUGAGCACCCUGCUGAAGCUCAACUCUGCUGGAGACCACAUGAAGGACGACAGAGAGGGAGCUGUUGACCUAAUUGAUGAGCUGAUGUGUACUGAUGGCAUAGACUACAGCUUCAACCUGGACGACAAUGAAGGCGUGUGCGACCUGUUUGACGUACAGAUCCUUAAUUACUGACGGCUGAUGGGGGCUCUGCUAUAUGCUUAUACAAUCUCAGGAAGCACUUUUUGCCUCCCUCUAGAGACACUUCAAAGAUACUUUUCUCCUAUUUUUGUUACAAUUGCACCGCUGAAACUUAAACAUGCCGUUGUCAUUUAUCUUAAAUACCCUUUACAUAUGUAAGAUUUCACCGCUUUGCACCAGACAGCUUCUUUUUUUACUAAGCUGGGUUUUUUGCCUUCACAGCCAACACAAAACAUAGUGCCUGAAUGAGGAUAAGAUAUUUAUGUAGCUACAGGGUCAUUAUGUCGUCAUUGGAUUUUUAAUGAUUUACUGGUUAAAUAUCCACAACGUUCCAGAGAAAUGAGGUGCCUUAGUGGAAAUAAACCAGGAUGAAUCCUUCAGCCUCCUACUGCACUUUUGCAUGUACGCAUCUUUGAUUUUUCCACAUCUGGUAAAGUCUGAGACUUGAAGAAAACUGCUUUACUUUCUGUUGCUUGGUCAACAUUUGGAACUGUGACAGUGUUUUGCUUUAGCUGAUAUUUACAGUAACUUGUAAUGAUUCAGUAUUGGCUUUUUAAAAACCUUUUGAUACAGGGUUGACGAUCUAGUUCAGGGUACAUAAACAGACUGGUAACACUGGUACAGUACCUUUCCAUAGUUAUAUUUGAUAAAAAUGGCAUAUUGUAUUUAACGAGUGAUUUUGUUACAUUUUGUAACCUUGUUCUCAUGUGAAAAAGCCAGAAAGUUUUCUUCUCUAAAUUAUUGUCACACUGCCAUCUUAGGCCUCUAAGUUUUUGUUUUAUACAUUUUUAUUAUCACAGUUAUAUAUUUGAAUAACUAAUAUUUUUUACUUAAUUUAAGAGAAAAUUCUUGGUUGUAGUUUGUUGAAACUGAAGCUGGUUGACUGCCUUAAUCGUAAUUUAAUAAUUGAAUUAGCCAUAUUUCUGAUCUGAAAUAUCAGAUGUUAAGAGCCUUGGUCUGCAUUUUUGUAUAUUUAUAGUUUUCUUUGAUUGCAAGAAGUAAUGUUUUUGUUACAUUUAGUUGUUUAUUUGCACUGUUAAAAAUUUUUUUCAAUAAAGGAUUUAAUCUUGA